UGCGGCUACUUCAGAGUUUCAGUGAUCAUCAUGAGAACAAAUACCUCCUGUUGAACAGCCAGGAGCUAAAUGAACUGAGUGCCAUAUCCAUGAAGGCGAACAUCCCGGAGGUGGAGGCUCUGGUCAACACAGACAGAAGCCUAGUGUGUGAUGGGAAGAAGGGCCUCCUCACGCGCAUCCUCACCGUCAUGAAGAGGGAGCCUCCAGACUCGUCCUUCAGGUUCUGGCAGGCGAGGGCAGUGGAAAGUUUUCUCAGAGGAGCCACUUCCUAUGCAGACCAAAUGUUCCUCCUGAAGAGGGGACUGCUAGAGCACAUCCUGUUCUGCAUCAUAGACAGUGGGUGUACGUCUCGAGAUGUCCUACAGAGCUACUUUGAUCUGCUUGGAGAGCUCAUGAAGUUCAACAUUGAUGCCUUCAAAAGAUUCAACAAAUAUGUUAACACUCCCGAGAAGUUUCAGACCUUCCUGACGCAGAUCAACAGUUCUCUGGUGGACUCAAACAUGCUGGUGCGCUGCAUUGUCCUUUCAUUGGACCGCUUUGAGAGCCAGACUGAAGAUGUCAAAGUGGUGGAGGUACUUUCUGAGUGCUGCCUGCUGUCCUACAUGGCCAGAGUUGAGAACAGGCUGUCCUUCCUUUUCCGACUGAUCAACAUCAUCAACGUACAGACACUCACACAGGAGAAUGUGAGCUGUUUAAACACCAGUUUGGUGAUCUUGAUGCUGGCCAGAAGAAAGGCUAAACUGCCCUUCUACCUCAACGCCCUGCGGGAGAAGGAGUAUGCUGAGAAGUACCCGGGCUGCCUACUCAACAACUUCCACAACCUACUGCGCUUCUGGCAGCGCCACUACCUCAACAAGGACAAAGACAGCACCUGUCUGGAGAACAGCUCCUGUAUCCCCUUCAGCUACUGGAAGGAGACGGUGUCAGUGCUGCUGGGCUCAGACAGGACUUCUCUGUGCGCCAUAGCGAGCUACAUUGAUGAGCCCUUCAUGGAUCUGGACAGAGACCUGCUGGAAGAUUGACCUCCAGUGUUGUGCACUCAGUGCGCUGGGGGUGGGACAGGGCAGAGGGUCACAGGGAGCAUGGACACCUAAAGCUGGUGAUGACUCCACUGAGCUGAGCCUUCCGGUUGCUUUGUGACUGCAUUCUGGAUGUAAAGACUCGCCUGUUUGCUGUCUGUACCUUCGCAUGGAGGCCGUGAUCACAGAUGUGAGGGGACCUAAUUUGCCUGGCUGUCACCUCCUCGCUAAGUUACCGUCCUCUUCUUCAAAGGAAGUAGGUGGAAACCUGUAUGCCCACCCCAGAUCGGCCACAUCGUUUAACAGACAAUAAAGGGACCUUGCAAAAUGUCACCUGCAUUGGUUGUUUGCUUUAGGUGACAUUCAAAUAGAUCCUUUUAUAUAACCUACACAAAAUUCUAUGAAAAAAGAUGUAUGAUUCAACAAAUUAUAUGUAAGAAAUAUUCUUUUCACAUGAAACCUGGUUUGAAAACAGCCACAGAUUAAACAGUCAGACACCCAGAUGUGCAGGUUGAUGGUGCGUCACAGGACGGGCAGGAGUCACCGGCCUCACUCUCCACUACCUACCCGCUCUCUGACUUCAUGCCACUCCACUGCCUGACCUGUGGGGGAAACUGGUGAUAUUAGACUUUUUGCAAGUGUCUUCUCAAUGAACAGCAUUUUCAUUUAACCUGUGUUAUUAGGUGGUUAUUGUUGAUUGGUGCUUUCUGGCUCUACUCAGCACAUUUAGGUAGCUUGUGGGCCAGCUGACAUGUUUCACAAAUCACACGGGGCUCAUCACCUACAACCAAUCCACUCUUGUGGCUUCAGAAGCGUCACCCAGGGACUCGUGUCUUUACCAGGUUAUUUUUGUUGAUUUACUUUUGUCUUGUUGAAAACAAUGCUUUUAGCUCUGGAUAAACUGUAGAAUAAAACAUUGCACAGAUUAAAUUGUUUUUAUUGUUAUAUUUGAACUCAUUUGUUGAUUUUAAAAAUGUCUUUUGUUUUGUAACUGAAUUUGUAUCUGUGUUGUGAGAGAUGCUUGGGGAAGAGAAUAAACUAUGCAGGCGCUAGAAUUAAGAUAC